AUGGCCAGCUGCGUGUUCUGUAACCACUGCUUCCAGCCGCCGCGCGGGAAGUCGUCCUUCAGCCUCACCAACUGCGGGCACGUGUUCUGCGACGCCUGCCUCGGCCAAGGUAAAAAUGAAUGCUUAAUUUGUAAAGUUCCUUGCCAUACCGUUUUGCUCUCAAAACAUACAAGCUCUGAUGUCCAGACUUUGUUUAUGAGCAUAGACAGUCUGUGUAAGAAGUACUCCCAGGAGACCUCCCAGAUUUCAGAAUUUCAAGAAAAACACCGGAGGAGAUUGUUGGCCUUCUAUAGAGAAAAGAUCUCUCAGUUGGAAGUGUCUCUUAGGAAAUCAGUGCUCCAGACUGAGCAGCUACAAAGUAGCAGAUUAUCACAACAAACAGCUUUUGACACAAUGAAAAAUUCAGUUUCAACAAAGCCAAAUGGAUAUGUCUUGCUGCCUCCUAAUUCAUCCGCCCUUGAAAGAGUGGAGUCGAUGGAAGUUGACCUUACUCCUCCAGUGCAGAAACCUGAGGUAGCAGCAGGCCCUGCAAGGAUCUCUUUGAUUAGCCCACCUCAGGAUGGACGCAUGGGCAUCAUCUCCCGGGGUGCACAGCUCCCUAGCCUGACACCCAAUCACACACGUGUGGGGAAGGCCCUCAGGGUCCUGCCACAGCAGAUGCCGAUGACCUCCAGGAGGCCAGCGCCAGUAUCGCAGGUGCCCGGCAGAGCUUUUCCAGGGGCCACACCCAGCCUGGGCAGCGCCUGGCCCCUGCCCCCCAGGCCUCCCAUCAGCAUCUCGGGCCUGCUGCAGAGGCAGUGCACAGGCUCCUGCUGGCCCUUCUCACGGCAGCGUGCUGUCCAGCAGCAGCAGCAGGCUCUGCAGACCUCCUGGGAGGGGAGAGACAGCCAAGAGACAGAGCCCGGUGCUCCUGACCGGCGUGCUGACUGCUGA